AUGGGCAGCUUCCCAGAUAUCGUCCAGUACGAACGCGACCAUGGCGAGCCUGAUAUGACUCGAGAAGGAUACUCACUUGGAAUCCGCAGUGGUGGAAACAGCCUUGCAAUGCAAGCUUUGAAGAAUAUAGGAUUGAUGGACAAGAUCAUCGCGGCUGGCGUCCUUCGAGAGACUGACGAGCAAGCUAAUCAUGGUCUGUGGUCACUUGAUUGGUCUAAAAUGGUCAGAGUACGACGUCCGCCACUUGUUGGUCUUCCCAGAUCUCCCAUGCGGAUCGCAAGAACCAAUUUGCGACAGAUUCUUCUAGAGGCAUCGGGUCAAAAGGACAAGAUAAAGUGGGGUGUGACGUGUGUUUCUGCUGUCGUUGACGUGAAGGGAAGAACGCGGCUCUUCCUCAGCGAUGGUACGGAGAAUACAUGCGAUGUCCUCGUCGUAGCGGACGGUGCAAAUAGCAAAUUGCGAGCUUGCUUGAGGCCGUCGGAUGGGCUGAGUUUCGCAGGCCCGGUAUCAAUCUCUGCGGUAGCUCGAUUCCUUGGACCGACUCCAUCACCCGUUGACAAAGCAUGGGGUAUUAUGCCUAGCGGCCAUGGAGAGUCGCUGUUUGUCACUCCAAUGGGUGACGGGAGUGUGAAUUGGUGCCUCAGCUUCUUAACGAACUCCCCUGGAAAGGAAUAUCGACAACCCAUGUCCCCGGACUUGUGCCAGUAUCUGCUUCAGGAGGCCAAAGAGCGCGGCGCCGCAUUUCCUGAGCCAUUCCAGACACUUGUGAAUAGUAGUGAUACUACCACAUUGAUGAAGUUCAACGGAAUGGACAAGUCACCUUUUCCGCAUGGCGCCUUGCCAGAUGGAAUUGUGUUCAUUGGCGACAGUAACCAUGCAGUCACUGCUUUCGCUGGAAAUGGAGCGAACAUGGCACUCAGCGAUGGGUACGAUCUAGCUGAAUGCCUAUGUACACAAUCUUCUCUUGGUCGGGCAGUCCAGGAGUACGACAGGCGUAGCAUCCCGCGAGCAGUCGAGACCCUCCAGAAGUCGCAUUGGCUGAUCGCCGUCGCACACUCUCGUGGGUUAAGGUGGCUCUACCAUCGCUGCUUGCUGCUGGCGCAUGGACGCAUAUUGUCGAYUUGGUACCGGGUAAGAGAUGUAUAUAGCAUGCUGUUCUACUCCUGA